AUGGAAAAGCUCAAAGUCGAUUUGAGUGGAAAAGUUGUAAUCAUAACCGGAGCAAGCAGCGGAAUCGGUAAAGAGCUUGCUAAUUACAUCUCAUCGUAUAAUCCAAAACGCUUGAUCCUUCCUGUUCGUAAUCGGACAAAAAGUCAAGCGACAUUAGAAUAUAUCAAAGAGAAAAAUGGUUUUACUAAUGCCGAGUUAUGGGAUAUGGAUUUAGCUGAUUUGACAAGCGUACGUUCAUUUGCGAAAAAAGUAGUUGAAGAAGUAGAUCAAGUACAUGUAUUGAUCAAUAAUGCAGGUGUCGUAUUAUAUGAUUUGUCAUACACUAAAAACGGACUUGAGACACAUUUUCAGGUUAAUUAUCUUGGACACUUCUUACUUACCACAAGUUUACUUGAUACAUUGAAAAAAUCCGGGACUGACACUUUCCCAGCACGUGUUAUUAAUGUUUCAUCAUUCGAAUCAUUGAAUGGAGUAAUUGAUUAUAACAAUAUUGACGGAAAGAAGUCGAGUAAUGCUCUUGAAAUGUAUAGAAAUUCAAAAUUAAUGAAUCAUAUGUUUAGCAAUGAGCUUAACAAGCGUUUAGCUGGAACAAAUGUUGUUUCGCUCGCAAUGUGCCCAGGAUUUAUCAAUACAAACAUCGGAGAGGCUUCUGGCUUAGCUGGAAUGUGGCGAGACUUAGUCUUCACAUUGAUUAGCGCAACUACCGAAACCGCUUCACACAAUGUAUUAAAACCGUCUUUGUUAGAUGUACAACAAAAUGCGGGAAAGUUUUUUAGAGAUGGAGAAUUGUCAAAUGGAAAUCCGUUGGCUGAUGAUGAAGAGUUGAGGAUUAAAUUUUGGGAAUAUUCUGAACAUGUCUUGGCAGAGCAUUAA